GCUCCAGUACUUUUCUCCUCUCUACAACCCCAACCUUUGUAAAGGAGCUAUGAAAGAAAAAGAUCAGAGCUAAAGUUUUCCUAUUAUCUCCCAGCAUAGCACAAUCUUAAUACCCAUGACCCGUAGGCGCCGUGGCCGCGUGCUCUGGCGCCCAAAGCAAGACGCGACUUUGGUUCCUGCUUCCGCAGCAGGUUGCGACCAACCGACCAGCCUUGCUGAUGGUGAGAAGACAACCUCCUCUUCAGACUCAUUUCGCCUUUCGAUUCGCAAUGCGGUAACCGGCGACUACUUGGAAGCGCUCGGGGGCGAAGCCGGAAAAGAGUGGGACAAAAGACACACGACACUUCGAGGGAUUCGGGAGGCCAUUGCAGCCACAGUGGCGGAGAUUUGGACAAACCAAAUCGCUUCCGAGGAAGUUCUAGAUGGUGAGCCCGGCGGGGCUAUGGCGUCUACUCGUCGUGAUCCGAGCCGGUUGUUUUGGGAGAAUGUGCACCUCUUCGCAGCUGAUCCGGGUGGUGCGCAUGGACCACAGAGCCAGCUGCAGAAGUCGGAGGAGGGGGGUAAUCCAUGUCAAAGUUGUCAUGAUAACCACGACAACCCCGAUGCUAUUAAUCCAGCAUCUACUUGUUCAGCGGAAAGCUCGAUUCUUUCCGGAGACCGGCAUGAAGAUGGUGUGGAGCCAAUUGCACUUCACGACGCAACGGACGACGAGAUCGGUGAGAAACCGAAGGAACGCCUCUUCGACGCGUUAACGUCCCUAUUUUCAUCGAUGCGCAACAGUGUCGAAGCAGACGGAGAGGUCGUCGUGGUGCCGGCAGGUAGUACGAAAGCCCCGGGUCAAUGUCAAAGAGCAAUAAGGUUUAAGAUUUUUUAUUUCAUUCGCAUUUUCGACGCUUUCCCGAACCGCGCCGAGUUGGACCUUGCGCUGCGCCUUUGGCGGGAGUGGCACCUCCACCGCCGCAAGGUCGAUAGAAUAAACGCCGGACAGCCGACCAGAACGCCACUCUUCGACCUAAAUUCAAUACGCGGCAAGCGACGCGCAAAGCGCCUCGAACGUGUGAGAAAAAACUUCGAAACCUACGGCCCAAUACGAAUCUGGGACUUGUCGAACAUUCGCGACUUGAGCAACCUUAUGUCUCAGAUCUUCAGACUGGCGGAGGACUUUAGACGAAACACAUGGCACCCGCAAUCGUGGGAACGCUACCCGCAGACACAUGCUUUAUUGAAAUCUAAACUCGACGUCUCGCAGUGGAACGUGAAAGGGGUCAAAAACUUUUCUUACCUAUUUCAGGAGCACUCGGUCUGUUAUGGUCGUCGCAUGCUAGAGCUCGGGUUCGACCAGGAUUUGGGUGCGUGGGAUGUGAGCAGUGCGGAGACCUUCCGAGGAAUGUUUGAGGACUGCACUCACUUUCAGGGCAGAAACCUCCACCGGUGGAACGUGAAGAACGCCACAGACUUCAGCUCGAUGUUCCGUAAGUGCGGGCGCUUCAACGAGAACAUAGGCGAAUGGGAUCUGGGCAGUGCAACUAGGCUCGACGACAUGUUUUCUGGUUGCAAGUCGUUCAACCAAGAUUUAUCGAAGUGGGACGUGUCCAACGUGAUCAGCUUUUCACGCAUGUUCUUCGGUUGCGUGCGAUUCGAUCAGGAUUUACGCGACUGGAAGGUUGGUGGAGGCACGAAGAACAUGGUUCUCCCUUGCCGUGAUGACAAAUUGAAUAAUGUAUUCAUCACCAUUGACGGAGCAGCUUAUCAGAACUUCCGAGCCGUCUCAGUUUUCGAAAUGUUCAGUGGUUGCACGAGCUUCGAUGGCGACCUGUCCAACUGGAACGUAUCCGUGGUACGAAAGUUUGGUAGGAUGUUCGUCCCCUGUAACUCCCCGAGUCUGGCGGUACAGGCUCAGAAGGGUAGUGUUUCGUCAGGCUCUGGCGCGAUCGGUUGAGACGCUAGGCGCCAGCUA